UAACAUGUCUCUUCUUACAGGACCACAGGGGGGAUUUUCAGGGGAUUUCUCAUGCGAAUUGGGGCGCGUCGCGUCGGCCUUGGGCCGCGCGCGGGCAACAUCUUUCAAUUUUUCAGUCGUCGCCGAGGCCUCUAUACGCCACGUUGGGCGUGACCUCGGCGGAGCUCGGUAUUUGGGCCGGCGGGAUCGUCAUGCUCGUAUCGGCCGGCGCCGGCGCUGGGAUUGGCGGAGAGAACCGUCGGGACAGCGGCGUCCCGUCGCGCGCGAGCGGCCUCGGCUGUCGGGCCAUCGUGUAGACGGGCUGACGCGCGGCGCCGUCGAGGAUUCCCAGCGGCAUCGUCGCCGGGCCGCGGCAGGCCUCGGCCAGGGGCGGCGUCUGCGCCGCGCCGCUUUUAGCGUCGGCUGGCGUGAGCGCGGUGGUGUUCAUGGUCAUCACGUGGCGGCGAGUGGAGAGAAGUGGGCUUGUUGGAGGGUGGUAGCCGCGUGCUUUAGCCCUGUUUGUCGUGUCAGAGCUUAUUUUUGAAUCCGAGGCGGCGCGGAGAGCUGGAAAAAGCUGCGCCGGACGGUAAGGCAGAGCCUUGAGUACUUUUCGAGCACUCGACUUUCGUGAGAUUCGUUGUGCGCGGCGUGCGGACCCGCUUAUCUUCCGCCGGCUUGUUCGUGCUGGGCCUCCUUCGCGGCUUGCCCUAAGGAUGAAG